UUACCCCGCAGAACUGAUGGAGGUGGCGGCUCCGCUGGAAGGAUGUCUUCUCAGGGACCCGGAUUCCUUCCCUUACUUCAUGCUUAUGGCAUUCGAGUCGUCGGUGGGGCUUCUGCGGUUCGUGGUGCUGCUGUGUCUGUGGCCGGUGCUUUGGCUUUUGAGGGUGACGGGCAAGGGGGAGGUGGCGUUGAGGGUGAUGGUGUUUGUGGCGGUGGUGGGGGUUAAGGAGGCGGAUAUAAAGGCGGUGGCGAGGGCGGUGUUGCCGAAGUUUUUUAUGGAGGAUGUGGAUAUGGAGGUUUGGGGGGUUUAUAGCGGUUGGGAUAAGGGGAGGAGGGUGGUGGUGACGGGGAUGCCGAGGCUGAUGGUGGAGCAGUUUGUGAAGGAGCAUCUGUGCGCGGACGAGGUGGUGGGGAGAGAGCUUUGGGUUAGCAGGUCGGGGAUUGCGACGGGAUUGUUGAAGGGGGAGGGAGGGGGAGUGGGCGAGAGGCUGAAGGAGUUGGCCGGUGGAGAGUGGCUGCGGGCUGGGAUGGGGAGGCCAACGGCGGCGGCGGCAGAUGACCGUUGUAAGGAGCAGCAGCUGCCAUCAUUCGGCGAUCAACAAGAAAGCAAGCAGUUAAUCCGCCCCCUUCCGGUGAUCUUCCACGACGGCCGCCUCGUCCGUCGUCCCAAACCCUCCACCGCCCUCCUCAUCCUCCUCUGGAUGCCCUUCGGAAUCCUCGCCGCCUUCAUCCGCAUCGCCGUCGGCCUCAUCGUCCCCAUGCCUCUUAUCCCUUACAUGAUCCGCCCAUUCGGCGGCAAGGUCAUCGUCCGCGGCCGCCCACCCCCUCCCUCCUUCCCCUCCGCCUCCGGCGAUAGCGGCGUCCUCUUCGUCUGCACCCACCGAACCCUAAUGGACCCCGUCGUCCUCUCCAUGGUUCUCGGCCGCCAGAUCCCAGCCGUCACCUAUUCCAUCUCCCGCCUCUCCGAAAUCCUCUCCCCAAUCCCAACCGUUCGGCUCAGCCGCAACCGCCGAAUCGACGCCGCCAUGAUCCGCGCCGAGCUCGAGAAAGGGGAUCUGGUGGUUUGCCCGGAAGGAACCACCUGUCGGGAACCGUUCCUCCUCCGAUUUUCCGCUCUGUUCGCAGAGCUCACCGAUCGGAUCGUCCCAGUGGCGAUGAACUACAGAGUAGGAUUCUUCCACGCGACGACGGCUAGAGGGUGGAAGGCGAUGGACCCAAUAUUCUUCUUAAUGAACCCGAGGCCGGUAUACGAGGUAACAUUCCUGAACCAGUUGCCGGCGGAGGCGACGUGCUCAGCCGGAAAGAGUCCUCACGAUGUGGCUAAUUACGUGCAGAGGAUACUGGCGGCAACGCUAGGGUUCGAAUGCACGAACUUUACUCGGAAGGACAAGUACAGAGUGCUCGCCGGAAACGACGGAACGGUGUCGACGACAAUAAUUACGGCGGCGACGCCGUGGAUGGAGAGGGUGUGUGACGCGCUAGGGUUUCUGCUGCAUUAGAUUUGAGAUUGCUGUAGGUUGAUGAUGGUGUACUGUUUGGCGGCUGCCGAAUUCUGGCUUGUGUGUAGCUUAUAUGGGUUAAAAAACUGCUGCCUUCCAUUGGUUUAGAUGUGAUUAUUUAUUUAUUUUUACUGCUGUGUGGAUAUGAAUUAAGGCUUGGAUUGCGCGUAUGAGA